UCAGUUCAGAGACGCCAUUACGGUGCGGUGGACUGCCCGGGAGAUUCUCCGUCCGUACCUGCUGUGAAUACCCUCGGUGAUUCGGUUCCGUUUCAACGGGCGACGGAGUUUGCUGCAGUCCGCAUUGCGCCGCUUCAUUCUCCACCCUUUAGAUUCCUAUAACUUUAAACACUCGAGGGAAACUACGUGAGCGUCCUAAUACUGAUGCGCAUCGCUACGCCAAUGCGAGGAUGUCAGUGUUUUCCUUCUAACAGACACAAAGAAAUAAAUAAAAACACUCCUGCGUGAGGCCCUCCCAUUUUUAUUCUGGAAGCCUCGUGACGUAACGACGCCGUGCGCUACGUUCGCAAGGCAAGAUGGCGGCGUCCUGAGCAGUCAGUUCUUCUGCAUGAUUUUCACUAUUAUUUUGUAGAGCUUUCAGAAUCCUUCAGAAAGUACAUAAAGAUGCCUGCAGUGCUGAACCUCAGCAAUGAGGUGGUCAAGAUGAGGGCAGAGGUUAAAAGGGUGAAGGUGCUCCUCAUCCGGAAACUCAGCCGUCAGAUCUCACGCCUGGAGAAGAAGAAAGGAAAUGAGGCAGCCGUAGAGAAGUUCCGCAGGCGAGCGGCGAAACUUCGUGAGGAGAUCCAUGAACUGAAAGUUGUUGUUCCUGACAACGUCACCAAGGCCGCCUUACAGAAGGACAUCAGCUUUGACAAAGUGUGCCGGGAUAAAGAGGCCAGCCUAUCCGACCGGGCCACCGCCCGCAUCGCCACACAUCCACAGUUCAGCAAGAGAAUCCAAAGCAUAAAAGCAGCCAUCAAAGCUUUCAAAGACGAGAGAAUAAAUGCAAGAAAAGCAGAAAAACAAGCAAUAAACAAAGCAGAAAAUGUCACAUCGCAAGGUCAGCCACAAGAGGAUGGUAAUGAUGAUGAUGUUGGUACGGAGAAAUCAAACGAUGAUGAUGAGAAAUUGAAAGAGGAGGAGGGUGACAAAAAGACAAAUGAACAGCAAGAGGAGAUUGAUGGUUUUUCACAGGAGAGCCAGAAGACGAGUCUGGAGACAUUAAAAGAACAGACCAAUCAGUGCCGGAAGGAAGAAACGUUAACAGUUGAGGACUCAUCUGAAACAGUGGCUGUCCCAAUGGAGGUGAUCAGGAUGAGGAAGGAAGUAAAGAGGACAAGGGUGCUGAUCAUCAGUAAAAUGGUAGAGCAAGUGGCUGCUCUGAAGAAAAAGAAAGGUCAGGAAUCUGAGGUGAAGGAAAGCCAAGAGAGAGCAGCAGAAAUCCUGAAAGAAAUCCAGGCUUUAAGGAGACUUAAACCAGAUCAGGUGACCAUGACAGCACUUCAGGAGAACGCUGAGCAUGAGAAGGUUUUGCAGGACCCUCAGGCAAACCCACUGGACAGAGCCAUCGCACGUAUCAUCACACAUUCCCGCUUCAUCAACAAGCUCCAGAAGGUCAAAGAAGCCAUUGAAGAAGAAAGAGCUAAGGCUGCUAAAGCUGAGCUGAAAAACACUGACAGACUAAACAUGGCGGAGUCCAAGAAUGAAUAUGAGGAACCAGAGGAGAAAGAUGAGGAACCAGAGGAGAAAGAUGAGGAACCAGAGGAGAAAGAUGAGGAACCAGAGGAGAAAGAUGAGGAACCAGAGGAGAAAGAUGAGGAACCAGAGGAUGACGACGACGAUGACAGCAAGGAGGAUGAUGAAGUAGUAGAGGAAAAAUUGGAGAGUUUUUCCACUGAGAUACAUAAGUCUGGUGUUGUAGAGCCUACCGAGAGUAAAGACCCUGAUGCUUUUGAAUUACCACCAUCCAAGAUCAUCACAACAUCUUCAGAAAAACCCAAAGGGGAUAAAGAUAAAUUAAAGAAUGUAGAGGCCACGGUUCCAAAUGUCCAAAGUUCUCCUGAAAAGUCUUCAACUGUAAGCAGCACAAAGUCAACACCACUGAAGAACGUUGGUAAAGCAGUAGAUGAAAAAUUGAAGAGUUUUUCCACUGAGAUCCAUAAGUCCGGUGUUGUAGAGCCUACCAAGAGUAAAGACCCUGAUGCUUUGGAUUUGCCACCAUCCAAGAUCAUCACAACAUUUUCAGAAAACACCAGAGGGGUCAAAGUUAAAUCACAGAAUGCAGAGGCCAGUGCUCCAAAUACCCAAAGUUCUUCUGAAAAGUCUUCAACUCUAAGCAGCACAAAGUCUACGCCGCUGAAGAACGUUGGUAAAGCAGAUAAAGAAAUGGAGAUCACCUCAAAGACACAAAAGAAACAAGACCUACCUGAGACCAAGAAGCUUGAGGCAGAUGAAGAGAGCGAUUUAUCAGAUGAUGAUGAGGAGGAGGAAGAGAAGGAAUAUUUUGAUGACAGCACAGAAGAACGUUUCCAUAAGCAAUCAUCUCUGUCUGAAGACAGUGAUGAUGAUGACUUCUUCCUGGGCAAAGUGAGCAAAUUGAAGAAAAAGAAAAGUAACCAAAAACCUGACAAGAAGGCCACCCGCAAACCUCAGGAGACAACCCUCGGCAAAUUACAGUCCGUGUUUUGCUCAACUUUGUCCAAAUCCACCGUCUCCUCUCAGAAAGCAAAGUAUGGGUCUCACAAUGAUGGGUCAAGACCUUCUCGAUUCCAGAGCCAGAGUAAAGGUCCUGAGAGUAGGAUGAAAGCAUCUCAAUAUAAAGGCCAAGACGUUGGCACUGACAGGAGGAUGGGUCCUUUCAAACCCAACAGACAGACUUUUAAAGUUGCUGGACAAAGGCAAGCGGGGCCUUCAGGGGCAGGGAGAGGAAGGCCACAGUUUGAGCAGUAUCAGAACCAGAAUCCCAGAGGUCCACCUGGAAACAUGUCAAAUCCACCCCAGCAGACCCUUCAUCCCUCAUGGGAGGCUAGCAGGAAAAGAAAAGAACAGCAGGCACAAAUCACAGCAUUCCAAGGGAAAAAGAUCAGAUUUGAUGAUGAUGAUUAAGAAAGGUCUGCUAAGGUUGAUUUAAUGCUUUCAUGUUUUGAUUAUAAUUCUUCCUGUUAAUUAAACUAUUUAGUGUGAAUUUGUAUUAAAACACACAGAUAAAACACAGUUGUUUUUUUGUUUCUUUACAAUGAAGGUCUGUUAAAUAAG